AUGACACAAGUGACGUCGGCACCUACAAUUGAAGUGGCGUUGCCACCCACAACAAGAGCAAUUCUUCGAGCCUCAUCGCCAUGCAAAACAGAAGUUACAUUAACAGCAGCCUAUCUAACCACAAAACGUGUAGCCUCAUUACCUUUAGAGCAGUUGGUGUCCAAAGCAUCGCCGUCAGCCUCCACACAAAUAGCAUCCGCCAUCCCCAUUGCCUGCUACAGCAUGCAUCCUAUUACCAGUCCUGUUGCCAGAUACAACACACACUGUACCACCAGUCCUGCUGCCAGAUUCAGCACACGCAGUGUCACCAGUCCUGCUGCCAGGUUCAGCACACGCUGUGCCACCAGUCCUGCUGCUGGAUACAACACACAUCCUGUCACCAGUCCUGCUGCCAGAUUCAGCACACACAGUGUCACCAGUCCUGCUGCCAGAUUCAGCACACGCUGUGCCACCAGUCCUGCUGCCAGAUUCAGCACACGCUGUGUCACCAGUCCUGCUGCUGGAUACAACUCACAUCCUGUCACGAGUCCUGCUGUCAGAUUCAGCACACGCAGUGUCACCAGUCCUGCUGCCAGAUACAACACGCGUUCUGUCACCAGUCCUCCUGCCAGCUUCAACAAGACUCGUGUGGCAAGAUUCUGA